UUUACACUUUCUGAAAACAUGGUUGGCGUUCGCGUUCUGACUUUGAAUUGUUGGGGUAUUCUGUAUAUUUCCAAGCAUCGUGCAAGUCGUUUCCAACACAUUGCCGAACACAUUGCUGCAGGAAGUCAUGAUCUAGUUGCUCUACAAGAGGUUUGGUGUAAGCAAGACUAUCAUUAUGUGAAGGAGCAUAUAUCAUCAGUUUUGCCAUACUCACAGUACUUCUCGAGUGGUGUUAUAGGCAGUGGCCUCUGUAUGUUUUCUCGCUGGCCAAUUGAAGAAAUAGCUUACGAGCCUUUCCAACUUCAUGGAAUCCCAUACAAGGUUUGGGAAGGAGAUUGGUUCGGUGGGAAAGGUGUGGCAAUGUGUGUGAUCCUCCAUCCUCGACAUGGUCCACUUCAUUUCUUUACAACCCAUAUGGUAGCUGAGUAUUCCCAUGGUAAAAUCAACUCCAACCAGUCUUGUCGCAUUUCUCAGGCUUUCCAGGUGGUCAGAUUUAUUCGUCGUUACAAGCCUCGUUUCGCUAUCGUCAGUGGUGAUUUCAAUGCACAACCUGAAUCACCAUCAUACAACUUACUAACUUCGUAUGGCCAACUUACCGACUCUUGGCUUACAGUCGGUGGCUCAGAUGUAGGACCUACAGCAGGGCAUACAUGUAAUCUACCUGACAAUGUAUACACAGAGAAGCAGUCCAGAGCAAAGCGGAUUGACUACAUAUUCUAUAGCUCAGACAACAUGCAGCCAGUCAAGUUGCAGUGUCAGUCCUGUGUAGUGAUGUUGGAACAAGUUCCACAUGCAAAGCUAUGCUACUCUGAUCACAGUGGAGUGGCUGCCGAUUUUGAAUUUAUUCAAAUAGAAAAUGGAGAUUGCAGUGAAGAUGAGAAGGCAGUCAAAGCCCCAAUGGAUACUUUGAUUGUUGCUGAGCAGUUGACAUCAAUGGGGAUACAAACAGCACACAAUCGACGCCAGCAGCAGAUGGUUGGGUUUCUCUUCUUCAUCUCCAUGUGGUUCACUCUCAUUGCUUUUAGCUGGUUGCCUGUUAUUCUAUCAGUGAUCAGCUUCAACCCUGUAAAUGUGGGACUUACAUCCCCAUUAGUUGGCAUACUGCAAAGUAUUGCAGCUGCUCUUGCUACUCUGUUUGCUCUGUUUGGUUUCAUUGUUACUCAAAUUGAAAUCUACAAGAUGAAUCAGCUCCAUCAGGAGAUAAAGCUUCUUUGUGACAUACAUGUAAACAGUCAGAAAUAAUUGUUACAACUUGAAGUAGAUUGUGAGUGACUAGAAAUCGGCUGAAUGAAUCGAUCUUGUCAUACACGUACACUAGUCGGCAAGUGCAGUAUGAUGCACGUGUUAUAUGUAGUUAUAUUGCUGACAAUAGACAAGCUAUAAAAUGAAAGCAAGUAGAAAAGGAACGUCAACAAAUUAAAACUGCUUUCAUCAUGAUGGACUAC